UAGCAAUGGAGAAAGCAAAAAUAAUGGAGCAACGCUAUGGAGGCAAUGAUUCAGUGUCGGUUGGAGACGGCAUGAGCAUCUUCGGCGGCCAGAGCAUCGACGUGAGGCGGCGAAGCAAGCUCAGGAGACGAGCUACACACAAGAAUGUUUCAUAUGACGUCGUGGAUGUGGCAAGAGUCAGCUUGGACUGGAUGCACCCACGUCCGGUCACGCCGGAGAAGGAGAUGGCCAAGAAGCUGGAGCGGCAGGUCGACGUCAAGGCGGCGAGGCCUCGCAGGCCGGAGCUCCAGGGAACGCGCGGCAGCGGCAGAAGGGCGAACGGCCUCGUUGUCGACGUCGAGGGGGCGCCCGGCGACGGCGCUACGCCACGGCAGAGCAGCGGUGGCGCGAGCUACGCCGACGUGAUGCAGGAGCUGGACCGCGUCAGGAGGGAGCUCCGAGAGCUGCAGCGCGAGGUGAAGGCCGCGAGGGAGGGAGGCACGCCGUUGGUGCCGGUGUCGGCGUCGCCAUCGUCCACCACGACGAGCUCCGGUUCGGUCGUCGCUGGCAACGUGAAGGAACGUGACGCCGGCGAAGCGCACGAGGUGCCUGCCGCGGUUGAGGUCGCCGGAGCCGGCAGGGAGACGGAGGAGGCCACGAGGCGGACGGCGCGCGCCAUGGUGCCCCGGCAAGGCGCGACCAGGGGCCGCGCGAGCGUGUCGAGCGAAGUCGAAGCGUGGCUCACCGCGGGGAGCUCCGAGUCGGAGUCGGACGAAGGGCACGAAUACUCCUCUUCCUUGGGGUCGGUAGCCGUGGCCAGGAGACAUGGACAUGAGGUGCACGACGGUUGGCCGCCGCUGCAGGCGGCGGAGGCCGAGCUGGACAUGGCGCGGGCAGAGCUGGAGUCGUUCAAGGAGGAGAGCCAGAGCCUCCAGUUCACGGCGCCCAUGCUGCGCGCGCGCGCGGAGAUGGAGCGCAUCGCCGAGGAGAUGGGCCGGCUGGAGGGGCAGGAGAAGAAGGCCGGCGCGCAGGUGCGGCAGCUGGACGCCGUGCUGGGCGACGCCAAGUCCCGGCUGGCGGCCGUGACGGCGGCCGACGAGAUGGCCGGCGAGAUCCUGUCGGACCUGAAGGCGGCGUUGCGGCGGGUGGACGAGGAGACGGAGGCGGCGGAGAAGGAGAGGGCGCUGACGGAGCUGGAGAACGGGUGCGCCGUAGCCGACGCGGAGAGCGUGGCCGCGGAGAUCGCCGCGGCGGAGAAGAGGAUCAGGGCGGCGGUCAGGGAGCUCGAAGCGGCGAGAGCGGGCGAGGCCGCCGCGACGGGGAAGCUGAGGGAAGUCGUGGAGAGCGAGAGGUGGGCGCGGGCGUCCACGGUGUCGCAGAGGUCCGGGAACGUGACGAUCCCGAGGUUCGAGUACGAGUACCUGGCCGGCCGUGCCGAGGUGGUCCGAGCGGUGGCCGACAAGAAGGUGGCGGCGGCGGAGGCGUGGGUGGAGGCGCGGCGGGCCGGCGAGAAGGAGAUGAUAAUGCGGGCCGAGGCGAUCGAGAGGGAGCUCGGAGAAGACGAUGGUGUUGCCGUAGCUCAGGCUGUGAACGACGACGAGGAGCAGCAGAGGCCGCGCGAAGGGCUGCAGCGCGCCCCGUCGACGAGACCCGUGAGGGCAACCGGCUCGUCGGCGGUGACAUCAAGGAGGAAGACGAUGGCGGCGGUGCUAUCCACUUCGUCGUCACCAAUGCAUCGGAAUCCACGAGCGCCGCCGUCGAUCCGCGUCGAGAACAAGAAGAUGAGGGUACUGAUACCAAACUACCUGAAGCUCAUCAGCGGGAAAUUUACAGGUCGGAAAUGA